AAUUUCACAAUCGAGUUUUUUUUUUUCAGAGAGAAGCAAAAAGAAGAGAUUUUGAAUCAGAAGAGGGUGGCGUCUGAUUGGGUUGAAGCCGGGACGGGAAAGAAUCGUCUCCGCGAUUUCUUUUCAUCUUUGUUAACGAGUAUUGGUGGAGCGUUACUUCAGAUCACCGAAGAAGAAGAACAAGAACAACAACAAGGUUCUGUAAUGGCGUCUAGGGUUUCUGAUCUUGUUCAUCAGCGUGGUGUCGCAGGCGAAAUCAAAUCGAAGAAUGUUGCAGGACAUGGAAGACAAAACCGGAAAGUUCUUGGAGACAUUGGUAAUCUUGUUACUGGUCGUGAUGUUGUAACCGUAAAGGAUGUAGCGAAGAAGGUAAAACCGCAACAGCAACAGACAAAACCAGAGGUUAUUGUUAUUAGCCCUGAUGAAAAUGAGAAAAGCUGUAAACCACACUUUAGUAGAAGAACUCUUAUACGAGGAACCAAGACUUUCACCGCAACCUUAAGAGCAAGAAGCAAGGCUGCGAGUGGAGUUAAAGAAAGUGUAAAGGAUCCUGUGAUUGACAUUGAUGCUGUAGAUGCUGACAACGAACUUGCUGCUGUGGAAUACGUCGAUGACAUCUUCAAGUAUUACAAGACAGUAGAAGAAGAAGGAGGAAUCAAAGACUAUAUUGGAUCACAGCCUGAGAUAAACGAGAAGAUGAGAUCAAUUCUGAUUGAUUGGCUUGUUGAUGUUCAUAGGAAGUUUGAGUUGAUGCCUGAGACGCUUUACCUUACCAUUAACCUCGUUGAUCGGUUUCUAUCUUUGAGAAUGGUUCCUAGAAGAGAGCUUCAGCUGUUGGGGUUAGGUGCUAUGCUUAUAGCUUGCAAGUAUGAAGAGAUUUGGGCUCCUGAGGUUAAUGAUUUCGUCUGUAUCUCGGACAAUGCGUAUAGUAGGAAACAGGUUUUAGCUAUGGAGAAAUCGAUCUUAGGACAAGUUGAAUGGUACAUCACUGUUCCAACUCCUUAUGUGUUCCUUGGGCGAUUUGUUAAAGCUUCUGUUCCAUGUGAUGUUGAGAUGGAGAAAUUGGUGUUUUACUUGGCUGAGCUGGGACUUAUGCAGUAUCCUAUAGUUGUCUUGAACCGCCCAUCGAUGUUGGCUGCUUCAGCGGUUUAUGCUGCGCGUAAGACUCUUAAGAAGACGCCGGUUUGGACUGAGACUUUGAAACAUCACACUGGCUACUCGGAAGAUGAGAUAGUGGAGCAUGCGAAAAUGCUGAUGAAGUUAAGGGACUUGGCUUCAGAGAGUACACUAACUGCAGUGUUCAAGAAAUACUCUGUCUCAGAAAACGCUGAAGUCGCUCUUCUUUCUUACCUCGAAGACUAAUCCGUUUCUUGUUCAUGAAGAAACAUAAUAACCCUUUUGUUGAUCAUGUAGCUGUGAUGAUCUCUUUGUGUUCUCUCUUCUUUUGUUUUGGUUUGGUUUUGUAUUGGAAUCUUUGUGAGAUCCGUUAGAGAGAAUGAUGAUCAUGAACCAAGUAUUUUUUUUUUUUGUGGUUUUUUCAUUUAUCUUAAGUUUCUCUUGUAUUCCUCUGACUUUGAGUUUCAAUUUAGUGAUAUUUUCAUAUAGUA